CGGCUGGCGGCGCAGUGGACACUGCGAAAUCUCUAGGUUAUAUUGUUAAAAGUUAGGUUAUAUUAUUUAAAAUAGAAAAUGUUUAUAAUUACAAGAAAUUGUAGAAGAUUUAUAAAAUUACACAAACAUAUUACCACGUUUCCUAGCAUAGGUAAUGAUAAAUUUCAACUGACAUGCAAAAAUAUUAACCAAACGAGAUGUUUAAGUCAAAACGCUCCCAAUGUAAACACAAAUAAUUAUGAAACCAAAGAAGAGGAUGAAAAUUAUGAAAUUAAUUAUGAAGCUAUAGCCAAUGGCGACAAAAUGUUGGAACAUAAAAUUAAAGUUAUAGCACUCGAAGUGGAAGUUAUGAGACAAGAAGGCAAAAAUGUGCCACCGCCAUCGUUUUUUACCGAUGAACAUUGGCGAGAGGCUGCAAAUUUACCCACAAGGACUGCUCGACGUAGGCUGUUCGACUUUUUAUUCAAAACAUUAAAGAAGAAAGAAAACGAAAAGAUUAAAAAGGAGAAAAAAAAGUUGGAAAGGGACAAUAAGCCGGAACACAAAAAAUGUGAAACAUUUGAAGAAUUUGCAAGCACAUAUGAUUUAGCCCAUAACAACCUAUUUCUUAGAUUUUAUGAUACCACAAUAAACCAAUUAUAUAACAAUAAGCUAGUUCAAGCAAUGCGAUUUGGCCAAAAACUGGUUAUUGAUUGUGGCUUUGAUAAAAAUAUGAGCAAACGUGAAAAUAUCAAUUGUGCAAAACAAUUUCAGUUUUUAUUUGCUGAAAAUAGAUUACAUAAAGAUCCCUAUGAUAUCCACUAUUGCAACUUAGGACAAAAUAGUGUAUUAAGAGAAUAUUUUGAAAGGCAGAUUCCCACUCUAUAUGAAUCCUGGUUUCCAAUAAAUGUACAUGAAACUAGUUAUUUGGAUAAAUUUGCUAAGGAACAGCUGGUUUAUUUAACCCCGCAUUGUAGAGAAGAAUUGGAGUAUAGUCAUGAUGAUGUUUACAUAAUUGGAGGGAUAGUUGAUAAGAUUAAUAACGAGCCCCUUUCAUUGGCAAAAGCUAAAAGAGAAGGUCUUAGGAUGGCCAAACUACCAUUAGAUAAAUACUUGCAGUGGGGAUCUGGUUCAGGCAAAAGCUUAACUUUAAAUCAAAUGAUUUUAAUAUUAAAUGAUGUAAAAACUACAGGUGAUUGGAAAUAUGCGUUAAGGCAUGUUCCUAAAAGGAAAAUAGCAGAGUUUUAUAUUUCCAAAAAUAUUCAAGGAUCUACAGAUAACUUAAGGUUUGAUAGAAUUAGGAGAGAGAAAAAAUGGGUACCUGCAACAAAUAUUGAUUUUAAUAAUCUUAGGUUUAAUAAAAAAAAUGAUAAUGGUAAAAGUAAGCUAAAAACUAGUCUGAGGAGUAUAUUUAAUGAUGAAUAAAAUAUUUUGUACUGUU